AUAAAAGGAAAGGUAGAGAGAAGUUGGUUGGCUGGUUGGAAUACGAGUAUUAUACUGCAGAAAUCAUAAUGGUGUGAAAUGGCAGUUGACUCAAUAAAACUCUUCUGCCUUCUGAUUUCCUUACAUCAAGAGAGAAAUCCGUAAAAGUGCAGACCAGCUAUACCAGUACGAGUCCUGUUCGAUCAAAUGCCAGAUUCCUCCCCUCAUUCUAAUCGUUUCAUGAAGACCACUGCCUGCUUUGAUGCAAAGAAAGAAAGAUCACUGGGAGGAGAUGAUCGGUUGUCUAUGUCUUCUUCAACGUCAGACAACAAAAUCAAAAGCCUAAAAGGAGUAAAAGACACGACACAGAAUUUCCGGGGCACAAUAUCGUUCAGAAGAAAGGGGAGAACGAGGAUGAAGAAGAAGCCUACUUUAGUUUCAGAAGAGAAGUCGAAUUCUUCCUUGCCCAUCAACACAGAAGGGAGUUUCCAGGCAAGUCCCCAUGGUUCUGAAUCUAAUGUGGAUAGUACUCAUAGUAGUGGUGACAGUCAAACUCCUGUCAGUGCUCAACCAAACAAGUUUAAAACAUUAAUGAAGACUUCUAGCAUGAGAGGUGUGAGGCUAAGUUUCAAACCCAGGAAGUGUUCUGUGCGUGUUAAAUCAACUUGUGCUUCAACCAUCAAGAAUUCAAAGUUUCCCGAAAGGGUCGACUCGGAAAGACUAUCAGCAUAUAAAGUUUGUUCAUACCAUCAUUGUUGUCUCAAUAAACAUUCUCAUGACACUCGGCCAAAGACUUUGUCAAAUCCUUAUAGGAGAAAUAGUCCAAAUCUCAUAGCUACCUCAAUCAUAGAGGAUAGCUGUGUGAACGGAAACACCAAUCCGUCUAAUAAAGCCAAAUUAGACUUGGAGGGCAUAAUUUCCCAGCCAAGUUCAGCUGGAAAAUCUGAACCGAAGAAUCGGGCACGACUUGUAGAUUAUGAAUCCAAGUCCUCAACUAAGAAGGAGAAGCAUUUCAACAUGUGGAACCUUUUCCAACAGCAUAUGAUAUCAGAUCGUGCUGAUGAUACAGCAAACCAGUUGGCUGCACCAGAAAGUUCAGAGUCUUGCAGCACAGAAAUGGAAAAUGCAGAUCAGGAUGGGGAGAAUGAGUUUGAAGUCAAGAAGCUAAUUGCUAUUAAGCUCGUACGAGAAGCGAUAGAGAAGAUUCUCCUUCCUGAAGUUUCUGAACUGUCAUCGGACAAUCAAUCAAUAGCAAGUGAUCAAAGCACUCUUGAUCAAGAAACAUCAGAAUACAACAAAGAUGAUGAUUCAGAGUCAAGUUUGAUCACUGAUAGCAAAGGUUUCCAGGAAAAAGUAAAAACAAUAAGAGAAGUUUCCAUAAAACCUGAAAAGAAAGCACCUAAACAUUGGAACAAUCUAAAGAAAUGGAUUCUUCUCCAACGGUUCGUCAAAGAAUUGGAAAAGGUGAAAAGGAUCAAUUGUCCAAGGAAAACAAGGCAGCUUGAGCAUGAUGUUGAGUACGACGCAGAAGCAGAAAAGAUGCGCCACCUGAGACCUCAAAACGUCGACGAAAGGAAAAGAACAGAGGAAUGGAUGCUCGAUUACGCACUACAGCAAGCAGUGAGCCAACUUGCUCCUACCCAGAAAAGGAAAGUAGAACUUCUCGUAAGAGCAUUCGAAACAGUGGUCCCACCUCAGGGAGGUUGUAGUAAUAGUAUUCAAACCACACUUCCUAAGCUCAAAUCCAACAGUGAAGAAGAGCAAAUUACAACAAAAGGGAAUGAGUGUUCCCCGAAAGCAGAUGAAGUAACAAUUUACCAUGACAAGAAAGUAGCUACUGAAAUUACCCUUGAGGAGGAGACAAAGCAUCAACAACCUGAAAAGCAGAAGCACAUCAGCAUGUGGCAUAUGAUAUCUC